AUGGGUCGCCCUCUCUUCUCCCAGACUCACCGCGCACCAGCCGUUCGCAUCGAACCCGAACAGUCCCUCCCUGCCUGCGAAAAAUGGUCAUACUGGAACGCUUUCGACCCCGACUCAGACGAGUUUUUCGAACGCGGGGACGCCGUAUACGAGGCAUUCGUGGAUCCAGCUCAUGCAUCCGCGGAAAUCGGAGCGCAGAUUGCCUUGGCGCCCCCGACGCUCAUUGAUGUGAGCACCAGCAGCAGCUCUAGCGAAGGCAGCUCCAGUGGUAGGCAGAGUCCCGCGGACGACCGCGAGGACCUUUCUGUUGAGGAGAUCGACCUGGCGCUCAGGAGCCGGGGUGGCUGGGUUCAGCGCAGCCGCGCUGCAGACGAUGAAGAAGGAUCCCCCAACACUACUCAGACCACGUCUGAUUAUUCCAGACUUGAAUCCCCGCGUACUCCCGUGGAUGCCAUGGACGUUAUGCAGCGCCGUUGGGCUUCGCACAUGGCUGAUUCGUACACCAGAAAUCGCACUGCCAGCAGCGCCUCUCCCCGUCCAGUUGGGCAACGCGCUCUGUCUCCCACUAGCCCCGACGAAUCGCCACGCGUCUCCCGUCAAACGGAUAUGCUAGAGCCUGUGCGUCAGGUACUUCCCCUCACCUUUCCACAUACGAUCCCUGGAAUCCCUCGUUCUCGUGGAAUGCCUGCGCCACAACCUUCCACUCCCGAUCGUCCCACGACCCCUCCCAGCCGAUUUGCUGGAUUCUACCAGUCCCCAUCACCUCCGCCGUCUGUAACGCCACGCUUAUACUCUUGGUCGGCGCGCAGCCCUAUGCUGUCCACCCCGACUUCCCCGGUUCCUCCAGGCCCGCUCACCAACCGUAACGCUCGCCUUUCCGUGCCGCACAUCUCACCUCCGCCGCCUCCCGUGCUUAUGAACCGUGUUGUGGGAUAG